AUGUUUGAAAUAUUGAGUAGUUUUUUCGUUUUUUUUGCUGAAUAAAUUAACGAAUGCCCUUCCUAAAAAUAAUAUAAUUUUUUGAGAUAAUUUAUAUUCGGUCUCAUAGAAAGAUUCCAUUUUGUUUUCUAAAAUCUAUAAAAUACAAUUUAGAUAGUUACUAGUUUCAAAGUUUCUAAUGAAUACUAAGAUCGUAAUUAAGAUUAUUUUGAAUUUGGGACUGGAUAUUACAGUAGUUAUUUUUAUCAGGUUACAUUUAACAUAAAUUUAUAAUAGAAAAAAGAAAAACCUAAGAAAUAAAAAAAAAAUAAUGAAACUGAAAAAAUAGUAUGUUAACAUUCGACUGUUGAAGUAUCUGAUAUAGACAUAUCUUCAUAAGAUUCAUCUUUUGAAGUUCCUCCCUAAAUUCCUACAACUUAAUCUUCUGUGAUGGAAAUACCUCCUUAGGCACCUACCAUAGAAUAAACUGAUAUCAAUGUAGAAGAACUCAAAUUGGGAGGACUUAAAUUAGAAGAACUUAAAGUAGGAGAACUAGAGAAGGAAGAAUCCAAGUAAAAAGAAACUAAAGAAAUAAAAUACGAAUUACCAUUCCCUAUAAGUUAUAUUCUUGGUUCUUAAAUUGAAGAGAGUUUAAAAGAUUAUGAAAUUUAAAAAUAUCUUUCCAACGAUCUAAAAACUAGGCUUAUAAUUAGUUGUAUCAAAUUUACUCCUUAAUAAGUCGAAUAAGAUCUUUAUUAUGAUGAAAAUGGAAUGCCAAUUUACAUAUAAUAAGAAAUAUAGGAGCUCCGGAUUAAAAAUUUUGUAACACUCAGCGACUCAGCCAAAAAAUAAUAUGAAUUGGAGAAAAAAUAAGAAGAAUAAAAUAAAUCACUUGAUGAAUGA